AUGAAAAUUAUAAUAAUUUAAGUAUUUAAGAUUAAGUUUAUAUUGAAUCUAGAAUUUUUAUAUGCUUAUGAGAAACCAGCUAUCAAUAAUAAAAAUAUUAUAAGUUGUCGUAACAACAAUAGAAGAUAAUCAGCUUUUGAUUUUUUUUAGUCCAGCAUGAGUAAUAUUAAAGCUAAUUAAAAAAGAGCAUUCUCGAUUGCUCUAAAUUAUUUCAAAAAUGAAGAGAGAAAAUCUAUAAUUAAGAAAAAAUCAGAGAAUCUUUAUGGAUUUUCAAAGGUAUCUUUAAAAAUAAAAUGA